ACACUGUCCUGGGCUACUAAACCCUAGCUUUGUCCUCAAAUCCAGGUACUGGUGUCAGUAGACCGCCCUGCAGCCCUGUAGGAGGCUGCUUGGCCAGUCCCCUUCCCAUGUGCCACUCUGGGUAGCCGGGUAGAGUGAGUCAGACUGUUGGGGCCUGUUCAUUAUGCUCUGAGUCACCCGAGGGAGCCUUGCCCCGGAUCAAGGCGGACUUUAAUAGUCCACAAAGCAGGACUAGAAGAAGCCGCAGCCGCAGUUAAUCACUAAGGUAGGAGUUGUGUGAGGCUCUCACACCCCCAGGUUCCCAGAACAGACAACUGCUCUGCGGAGCCGGAGGGAGAGGCCCCGCGGGAGAAGGCAGAUCCCGCAGAUCCCGCCAAAGGAAAGGCAAGAGCCCGGGAGCUGGCGAGGACGCCGACCAGCAGGCUUAUGACUGCACAGGACACAAAUUCAUCAUCUCCACGUCCAAGAGGUCCAAAUUCAGCAGUUGUACAGCAGAGCCUGACCUCUCAAAUGGAUGACCUCUGUGAAGCCAAUGGCUCUUUUGCCAUCAGCCUCUUGAAAGUAUUGGGUGAAGAAGACAAGUCACAAAACCUGUUUUUCUGUCCCUUGAGUGUCUCCUCUGCCCUGGCCAUGGUCUACUUGGGAGCCAAAGGAAACACUGCAGCCCAAAUGUCCCAGGUACUUGGCUUGAACGAAGGUAGAGAUGUUCACAAAGGUUUCCAGACCCUCCUCUCAGAGGUUAACAAAACUGGCACCCAGUACUUGCUAAAAAGCGCCUGCCGACUUUUUGGAGAAGAAUCAUUUGAUUUCCUUUCGACCUUCAAGGAUUCCUGCCAGAAGUUCUAUCAGGCAGAGCUGGAAGAGCUGUCCUUUGCUGAGAACACUGAAGAGUGCAGGAAACACAUCAACAACUGGGUGAUGGAAAAGACUGAAGGUAAAAUUUCAGAAGUUCUCAGUCCUGGAACAGUCUCCUCACUGACUAAGCUCGUUCUCGUGAAUGCCAUGUAUUUCAAAGGAAAGUGGAAGGCUCAAUUUGACAGAAAGUACACAAGGGGCAUGCCAUUUAAAACUAACCAGGAGAAAAAAACAGUGCAGAUGAUGUUCAAGCAUGCUAAGUUUAUGAUGGGGCAUGUGGAUGAGGUGAACAUGCAGGUCCUGGUUUUGCCCUAUGCAGAGGAGGAGCUGUGCAUGGUUGUUCUGCUUCCUGAUGAGAACACUGAUCUGGCUGUGGUAGAAAAAGCACUUACCUAUGAGAAAUUCAGAGCUUGGACAAACCCAGAAAACAUGACAGAAAGUAAAGUCCAAGUUUAUUUCCCCAGAUUAAAGCUGGAGGAGAGUUAUGACCUGGAAUCUUUUCUUCAGAGUUUGGGAAUGACAGAUGCCUUUGAAGAAGCAAAGGCGGACUUUUCUGGAAUGGCAACUCAAAAGAAUGUGCCCGUGUCCAAGGUUGCCCACAAGUGCUUUGUUGAGGUCAACGAGGAAGGCACAGAAGCAGCGGCGACCACCGCCGUGAUCAGGAAUGCCCGGAGCAUUAGAGUAGAACCAAGAUUUUGUGCUGACCACCCAUUCCUUUUCUUCAUCUGGCACCACAAAACCAGCAGCAUCCUGUUCUGUGGCAGGUUCUCUUCUCCAUAAAGGCAUUAUCGUGGGCUGAGGGUGUAUCUCAGUUGGUAGAGCGCUUGCAUAGCAAGCACCAUCCCCUGGGUUCAACCCUAAGUACCCUAUAAAAACAGGCAUGAUGGUGCCUCCCUGCUGUUCUAGCAUUAGGGAGGUACAGGGCAGGGGGAUCAGUUCAAAAGUCAUCCUCAGCUACAUAGAAAACUUGAGGCUAGCCUUUUGAUACCUGUUUCAAAAAGACAAGAAAGUGUAACGUGUGAUUGCUUUACACAUAAUUUUUUGCCACAUGCCAGAAUUAAAAUCCUAUGUUUCCAGAUUUGGCAAGGUGGUUUCACUGCACAAACAAAGAGUAUACUUACUAGUUGGUGAAUAUCUUUGCUGAUAGCUCCAAUGCCAUGUGUGGGGAGUUUGGAGCUGAGAAGGUUUGUAGUGUCUAAGUAGCUUCUGAUUGUCUCCAGCCUUAUUCAAAACCCAGCUCCCAAAGUGCUAUCCCACACUGCUAACAUCUCCUCCACUGCCAGUCUUAUCAGGCAAUGCCAGUUGAAGGUCCCCAUUACAUCUAUAGAAUAACAAGAACUUGUCCCCUGUCUCACAAGAAGCUGAGACAAUCUCUCAUUCCAUCAGUGUUACUGAACAGUCCUGUAUGUCCACCAUUUAGACAACUCUUCCCACAAGUUUCAAGUAGAAGUUCAAGGCUUCGGCCUGGAGAGAUGGCUCCGUGGUUCAGCACACUGACUGCUCUUACAGAGGACCCAGGUUCAAUUCCCACCACCCACAUGGCAGCUCUCACAGCUGUCUAUAACUCUAGUUCCAGGGGAUCUGACACCCUCACAACAAUGCACAUAAAAUGAAAUAAAUUUAAAGAAAAGAAGAAAUAAUUUCAGUAAGUAAGUGAUGGAGGAACGUCAUUGGUUAAGUAAUAAAGAAACUGCUUGGCCUCAUAGGUUAAAAUAUAGGUGGGAGGAGUAAACAGAACAGAAUGCUGGGAGGAAGAGGAAGUGAGCUCAGAGGCCAUGCUCCCCUCUCCCUGGCAGACACGAUGAAGCAAGUCGCCAGGUCAGACAUGCUGAAUCUUUCCUGGUAAGACCGGUGCUUAUUAGAGAUGGGUUGAUUGGGAUAUCAGAAUUAGCCAGUAAGGGUUAGAGCUAAUGGGCCAAGCAGUGUUUAAAAGAAUACAGUUUGUGUGUUGUUAUUUCAGGUAUAAAGCUAGCCAGGCAACUGGGAGCUGGGGCAGCAGGGUCCAAGAGGAGUUGGGCGAGGAUUAGGGGAAUCUCAGCAGAAUGCUAAAUAAUUGAACAGAAUAGGAAUAACCUAUCUCUUUUCAGGAGGUCUUGCCCAUACUAUGUAGAAUUUGAAAAACAUAAAUAUUUUACCUUUGAGCUUUUAUGUAUAAUCUUUAGUACUGUGGAAUUCAAUUUCUGUAGCAGGCCUUUGCCAGCUCUCUUUGCUUUUGCUUGUUAUACUUGGACUCUGAAGUCUUUAUUCUCUGCCCUGUUGUCAUAUGUCAGCUAGAACUAACCGCAGAGGGCAACCGUCUGCACAGUUGUGGACAUGGCCAUAUGAUGGGUCUCUGCAAGUUGGUGGUUCAGUGCACAUCACAUGUUUCAAGGAAAGAAAGACAAAUACCAGGUCAUUGCAUCUGGUGAACUUGAUCUGCAGUCCUGAGUGAGGUUGCCACAACAACUGGGCAAGAGCGAGUUUCCUGAUAGACGUCCUCAGCAUCUGACUUCAUGUAAGCAGAGGAAGUGACCCCUAACAAUUCAUAAGUCAGUAACUAGUUACAUGACCUUGAGCAAGUUAGGGAAAGUUCUUUGUGUCCAGUUUUUCCUUUGAAACAUGAAAGGGUUUGCCCAGAUGAUCCCUAAGUGGCUUGUGCCUCUGCCAUUCUCUAACAAAUGUGCAGCACAAGACUAUUUUGGGGCUAUAUACUUUACUUUCUGCAUUGACAUUUUUCUUGCUGCUUUAUAAGCUUUUGUUAUUUCAAAGAUGAAUUUUGUCGUUAGAAAUCCAAGUUGGCUCCAGUGUGCUGUUAAAUCGACACCUUUUUCAUUUCAGUUAAGGACUUUGAUGAUAGCUGCCAGCCAGAGCUUGCAAAAUAAAACCAUGUUUUCUGUUCUAACAUUUGUUUCAUCUUCAUCUUUUGUCAGCCGAAAUAUUGCUAUUUGUCAUUUCAACAUUUUCCAGCGAUACCUCUUUCCUCAUUUGGGGCCUUUGAAGUUUCUUGCAUCAGAAUGAAGACUUUUGCUAAUAGAUCUCCAGGGCUGCUCCUUGUGUCAGGGAAAGGGGUUAGCAAGCCUCCUUCAGCGCUAAGCAAGUUCUCUAGCUGAUCUGUUCUGCUUCCUAAUUAGAAAAGUGACAUUCAAAUAGAGAAAGGAGCAAAUUUGGAGACAAAAAUCUGCCGCUGGGCUGUGGCUCAUUUUGCUUCCCUGGUGCAGUGCUAUUAAGAGCGCUGUUACAAAGUGUAUGGCUGUUAGACUGCCCUAGCCACCUCUUCACUAGCAGAGGGGCAGCCAGCCAAGAAUCAGUUCCCAGAUAAAGCCCCAGGAGCUUCAAGCUUUCUGGGCAUGAAGGUGGUAAGUGCAGAUUCCCCAAACUCCUUCAUCUGUGAAAGGUUCACUUGUCUGCUGGGUAAUAGGGCUUUUUAGGGGACCAGUAAUGAAAGCUGAGAUUCUUCCCAUGCAACCCAUACUAUCCUAAGUUUGAGCACAAUACAGGGAUAUUUUUAGAGAUAAAAGUUCAGAAUCAAGAUUGAUAUAAAACCCAGGUGAUAGUGGUGCACACCCUUAAUCACAGAACUACAGAGGAUUAUAAAAUGGGAGGAGACAUCUCUCAGUCUGAUUCUCAUUCUGAGGUUUCCUAGAGGCAGGAUCACCUUUUCUGGUCUGAGGUCUAGGUAAAAGCCAGUGGUUGGUUGUGUUGUUUCUGGUCUUUAGGUUGAACCAACCCCAGUAUCUUUCUCUGAGUUUUUAUUAUUUGUGCAUCACCCAGGGACUCUGAUAACUUUGCUAUCAAGAAUAGAAUAAAGGUUGAUUUCCUUUCCAUAAAGUGGACAGAAAAAAAAAAAAACUAUCAA